AUGCCUCCAAAAGCUGAAGGUAAGACGACGGUCUCGAACGAUGCUUUCCUCGCUGCUUGCAUCAAGCAUGCUAAAGAGAAGGUCAAUCCCAACUUCGAGGCUUUGGCAAAGGAAAUGGGUAUGAGCACUGGUGGCGCUGCCAACAAAUUCCGUGCAAUCAUGAAACAGCUCAGCGAAGAAGGUGCUGCAUGGGCCAACAAAGAUACUACUGGCGAUGCUGCUGCCGCAGGCACUGUCACCAAAACCAAGGCUGCUCUUGCCAAACGCAAGGCACCUGCCAAGAAGAAUGCCGCACCUGAGAAAUCCAGCGCAACUGUCAAGGACGAAGACGAUGAUGAGGCCGAGGAGGAAGCACCAAAGAAGAAGAAGGCCAAGACUGUUCCAAAAGCCGCUGCUGCCACCAAAGGCAAGGCGGUCAAGACUGAAGACGCUGACAAGGACUCCGAGGAGAAGCCAGUCGUCAAGCCCAAGCUACCCAUGCGUGGAGGUAUGCGAAUGAAUCCGAAGGAUGCCAAGGCCGAGGAUGAUGAGGAUGGAGAUAAUUCAAUCGAUGAAGAUGAGGAAGAUGAGGAGGCCAGCGAGAAGGAGUAG